UAUAAAGUGGUCGCGUGCUCCAAGCGCGGUCACUCUGUCGUGGAGACAUCGAGGUGACGAUAUCAAGAGAGAGAAAAAGAAAGAGGGAGAGGGAGAGGAAAAGCCCUUCACUCACAAGUGUGAUUCUUCUGGGACGAGGGCACGGGACCAGGCGAUACAUCAGGUUUUCACGAGAUUUUGAAACGAUGCUGUCCGCACGAGGCGCGAUCACCAUGGCGUUAAUGCUCUUCGUCUUGGCCGAAUACUCGGGAGCGAUGCCGUCGAUCGACAAAGACAAAGAUCGGCUUUUGAAAAAUAUCAACCAGCUGGUGGACGACGACGGCAGCAUGGAAACGGCCCUGAUGAAUUACCUGUUCACCAAGCAGAUCGUGAAGCGCCUGCACAAUCAGCUGGACGUCGGCGACGAGUUCGAGCGCAGGCGGCGCAAGUGGCAGCUGUGCUCCGUCAACGCGAUAGCCUGCUUCGGUAAAUAGGCGCGCGGCGGGACGGGGGAGAAACCGGGCAAGAGAGGCGCAAAAGAAGAACGUCGUUACGCGAGCGUCACCCCGUCGCCGCCGGAAGGUUCAGGAACCCCCUCCCCCCCCCCUCAUUUCCCCACCCGUUAAGAAAAAUAAAAACCCACCCCCCCAUUAUCCCAAAUUAGAUUACGAUGCGAUUCGACGCAUUGACAACUAUCAAUUAUUAAGAGUAUUAAUGGUAGUUAUGAUUAUUAAUAUGACGAUGUUAAUCCAUCCCCGUUCCCGUAAUCCAUUUGACGAAGGGUGCGAUUCAACGUGUGAGAUAACCGACCGCGAGGUGCGUUUAGGGGAAGAUAUCCGGCUUUGAGAAAACGCAAUAAAAAAAUUUGAUUAAUUUUAACAACCCAGUCUACCGUAUCUUGCGCGCGAUUCGCCAGAUUAUUAAAUUCGCCAGAAAUCGACUCUCUUUCUCUUUCUCUCUCUCUCUCUUUCUCUCUCUCUCUCUCUCUCUCUCUCUCUCUCUCUCUCUCUCUCGCUUCCCGCUAUACCUAGAUGUAAUGAAACGUAUAACGUUUGUUAAUCUAAAGAAUAAACGAGGCCGAGAAAAUGAGCGACGUAAAUGAAAGGCACGACGUGGCAAGGGUGUAAAAAAAAAAAGAGAGAGAAAAGAAAAGAAACGCCGACGUUAGCGAGCGAGUAAUUUUUCUUCGCUAAAACGAGGCGAGGCGCGUGUAUAGUAAAUAUCGCGGAAAUGAAUCGACCGAGAAAAUAAGCGACAAGGCGUAAAAGAAAAAAAAGAGAGAGAGAAAGAGAGAGAGAGAGAGAAAAGGACUCCGACGUCGGCGCGCGAGGGAUCUCCUUGUUAAAACGCGAGGCGACGCAAGUUCGAGAGAAUUGUUCGAGAUUCUCAUCGAUCUAUUCGCAAUCCUUUGUCACCGUUAUCCAGCGGCGUGUUCCCGAACCUUCCGGCGCGCAGAGAACGAAGAAAAAGGAGGACAAAAUCCUUCCUCUUAAUUCCCUCGCAACAUUUGUCCUUUAGAGCUUUCAGGAUUCAAAUAGCUGCGCGAGAAUCACCUCCGUUGGUCCUCCCCUUUAAUUUCUUUUCGAAACGCUCCCCUUCCCAUCCAUCCCUUCCUUUCGAUCUCUCACGCGAGAAGGGAAACAGCGAAGAGGAUAAACGUCCCAGUUGUAAUACGUAGAAGCGGCCGGUCACGUAAUCAGUCUUUCCUGAUUGGCUGCACAUAAUGUGUAGCAAUUUGGGGCUCGCCACGCCAAUACGAAAUAGAGCGCCGACUAGCAGAGAGCCUUCAGCUACGUGAUCUAUCUUGCAUUGGCAUCGCAAUGGCCAAAUCGUACACAUUAUGUCGUUCAAUCGGGAAACACCGGUCACGUGUCCACGGUUGUCGCUUCUCUCUAUGAGUACCUAGCUGGACGUGUACCAUAUAUCCCGGGCACUUGUACGAGAGCUUGUUAUUAUUAAUCUGAAAGUUCAGUUUUUCAUUUCAAUAUUUAAAAAAUGUAAUUGUACUCUGAAAUAUUUGAAAAGUACAAUUUAAUUUUUACAUCACGAUAAAAAACCAUUCAAGAUUCAUAAUAUAAUAAUAGAUCUUCGUGCUCCCGACACUUACACCAAAACUUAUUGUCAAUCUCAAAUGUUUCCCCGUUUCCCUGAAUUUUAAUAUUGAAAUUCACUUAUAAUCUUAAAUAUUCAAUAUCUAAUACGAUUACAAUUGAAUUCUCGUUUUACGAAUAAAAAGAAGCCUUCAAGAUUGAUGAUAACGAGCUCUCGUGUAAGUGUCCGGAUACGCAGGUACACCGGAAUGUUUAUCUUAACAAGCGCGCAAAGCGAGGGAAAAGGACAGGAGGAAAGUUAUCACUGAAAAAAUUGUCUUCUAGGAACCAGGGAGAUACUCCAAAGAUAAAAGAAAAAUUCUAAAGUUAAAGUUAAAAUCAUAAUAAAAUUAAGUAGCUAUUCUCGUUUAGACUUUUUCCUUUUAUUUCUGGAAUAUCCUCUUGGCUCUUAGAAUACAAUUUUUCUUUCGGUGUACUUAAUCCGAGGCGCGGCGAAUCACGAACGAUGAGAGUUAACAACGGGAAGUGCGGAGUUAAGAACGCGGAGGGACAAUCGCGGAGGUACCGAUCGCAGGAUACAUAUCAGAGGACGAUCACCGGACGACCACGUGCCAAGUCUGAUUCUUCCUUUCGUGCUGUAAACCUUCCGGCCAACCGACUGUAUAAACGUUGCUCGCCAGCAUUUAUAUGUUACAUAUAAAUUAAUGCGUAAUCUCAUUUGUCUGUUAUCAGUGUGUCUCGCCUGUACACAUCGUUCUAUGAAUGAUUAAACUGUUGUAAUUGGUCCCCA